AUGUGCAUCAUCUGGAUGGAUGCUGCUCUUGGUGCUGCUGUUUGCAUCAUGACCAACCUCUGGCGCUCGCACCCCCGCAACUUUGGCCCUGGCUCGCGCUCGUGCCGCGUGUGCGGUAACGGCCAUGCCAUCAUCCGCAAGUACGGCCUCAUGAUCUGCCGUCAGUGCUUCCGCGAGAAGGCCAACGACAUCGGCUUCCACAAGUACCGCUAA